CAUACCACUCAAACUAACCAAGAGAAAAAGAUGAACAAACUCAUAGCAAUCACCUCUUUCUUAGUCGCCAUCUCUCUUAUCUCUCCCACUCUCAAGGCUGAUAUAACCUUCGAUUUGUCCACAGCUACCAAAGCAUCCUAUUCAGCUUUCAUAACCCAGCUCAGGAAUGCUCUUCCAACCACAGCAACAGUGUGCAACAUACCCCUGCUGCCUUCCACCGCAUCGGGCUUAGGCUGGUUCACAUUCUUCACCAUCACCAAUUAUAACUACCAAACCAUCACGGUCGCUGUAAACGUAACCAACGUCUACAUCGUAGCGUAUCGUGCCGAUGCAAGCUCCUACUUUUUCGAAGACACUCCAGCUGAAGCCAAGCAACUCUUAUUUCCAAAUACACAAAAGGUAACACUUCCUUUUACGGGUAACUAUGAUAAGCUCCAAAGCAUUGUAGGCAAAUAUAGAGAUUUGAUUGAGCUUGGAAUCCCCGCCUUGAGCACUGCAGUUACCAACAUGGUUUACUACAAUAAACAACUUACUGCCGCGGCGCUUCUUGUGCUGAUUCAGUCCAGUGCUGAAGCUGCGAGGUUUAAAUAUAUUGAGCAACAGGUUGCUCAGCAUAUUAGCGAUAAGUUUUAUCCAAACCAAGCAGUGAUAAGCUUAGAAAACAACUGGGGAGCUCUCUCCAAGCAAAUCCAGAUAGCAAAUAGUACUGGAAGGGGACAAUUCCAGAGCCCCGUUGAGCUUAUAAGCCCUAAUGGCACACGAUUUAGUGUAACCAGUACAUCAGCUGGGGUUGUUCAAAGCAAUAUCAAGCUCCUGCUGUACUACAAACUGAGCGUUGCUGAUGAAAACGACAGCCCGACAAGAAUGCCUGACAAUAUUGUUGAAUAUGGAACUCAUGAUUCUGUGUAGCUCUAUGGCCUUGUUUGAAGAUCCACACAUAAGAAUGGAUUGAGGCAUGUUCAUAUGUGAAUGUGCUUCACUUCAUUAAAUAAUAAAUAAGUGGGGAUUUUGAAAAA